AUGGAUAAAAUAACCUUGCAAGGAGAAAUUAAUACUUUGAAGUUGGAAAACAUGAAUUUGAAAUUUCAAAUAAAAACUCUUUUGGAAUCAAGGCAAGUUGCUCUGGGGAAUAAUGAAUAGAACAUAAAUUAUGAGGAUAAGAUAUUGUAACUUUAAACCACAGUUAAUGAAUUAAGGAAUAUGUGUGACGAUCUUAUUUAUAAGAAUGAGGUGCUUAAUGAUGAUUUGGAAUAUGAGAGGAAUAAAUGCUAAAAUUUUGCCUCGUUCAACAAGAGGGAAUUUAGUGCUCCUAAUUUCUAAGAGUAAAUUAACAAUUUGAAAAAAAAGUUAGAAGUAGAUUUUAAGAACAGCAAUCAAUACACUGAAGAACUAGUGAAAAUAAUUUGCAAUUAGUAUGAAACAAUCGUAUAAUUGGAUUUAGAUAAAUCAAAACUAAUUACUAAAUUAAAACUCUAAACAAAUUCUGGAAUAAUAAUACAGGAUGAGGACGUUUCAUAAAAUAGUGAUGAAUUAAGAUUAACCAUAGAAUAAUAAAGAAGAUAAAUAAAAAGUUUAGAGUAGCAACUUCAUGAAAAAUAAUAAUCAUAUAAUGAAUUGAAUUAGAAAUAUCAAAUGCUGUUAAACUAAUUCCAAUAAUAGCAAUAAGUGCUUUAAACAAACCAAGCAAAACCAUCAAUAUUAGAUACACUUCAAAAAUCUAUUAUAUAAACUCAACCAAGCUAUGAUAUUCAUCAAAGUCAUCUUAGUAAAUCAAUAAUCUAAUCGAAAUGA